AUGGUGAUGGAACUGCGGCUGCACAGCCCGGCUGGUGCCGAAGCGGUAGUUUAUACGUGGCCGAUACCCGCUCAGGACAAUCGUGACGGUGCCUUGGAGAUAGUCGACACGAUACGAUGGGUUUGCGAGGAUAUUCCAGAGUUGAAGCUGGCAAUGGAAAACUAUGUACUCAAUGACUAUGAUGUUAAAAACUAUCAAAGCAUGUCUGUACUGUGUGAAAAGUACAAUCGGGCAAUUGAUGGGAUCCUUACUCUGUGGAAAGGUACGACUUGUCCUGAUCGGGUUUCAAAGAAAGCUGGCACUGGUUUACUACGCCAUAUCAUGCAGCAGGUUUACAACCAUGCAGUUACUGAUCCUGAUCGACUGAACAGCUAUGAACCCUUCUCACCUGAGGUGUACGGAGAGACGUCAUACGACUUAGUGGCGCAGAUGAUAGAUGAGAUCACUAUAACCGAAGACGAUGCGUUCAUUGAUCUUGGCAGUGGUGUUGGUCAAGUGGUAUUACAAGUAGCCGCUGCUACCCAAUGUAAGAUUGCAUAUGGUGUGGAGAAAGCUGAUGUACCUGCUGCAUACUCAGAGAGAAUGGAUAUAGAGUACAGGAAGUGGAUGAAAUGGUACGGUAAAGAACACAGUUCUUAUAAAUUGGAAAAAGGUGAUUUUCUUUGUGAUGAAAUGAAAGAGAAGAUUGCCAGUGCUAGUGUGAUAUUUGUCAACAAUUUUGCCUUCGGACCAGAAGUAGACCAUCAGUUGAAGCUUCGGUUCGCCAACAUGAAGGAAGGAGCAAAAAUUGUGUCCUCGAAGUCGUUCUGCCCGUUGAAUUUUAAAAUAACACACAGGAAUUUGAAUGAUGUUGCCACCAUCAUGCGAGUCGUGGAACUAUCCCCGUUGAGAGGCUCAGUGUCGUGGACAGGAAAACCUGUAUCUUACUAUCUGCAUACUAUAGAUAGAACAAUUUUGGAGAAGUAUUUCCAGCGCCAGAAAAAUCCCAAACUCAGGGAAGAAGAGGACCAAAUUAGGAGAAGCAAGAAAAACUACAGUGAAAAAUUCCAGGCUGCUAAAACUCUUGAUUUUGAUUCCAACAAUAGCAACGACAGUGGAGAUUCCACAAUGGUCGGAGCUACCACAAGACGUGCCUGGUCUGACUGGGUACAUGGUAAAGAUAAAGAAAAUCUCAAAGAUGUCAAACAGAAAAUUGCCGGAGGCAUUACUAAGAAAUAUAAAAGGAGACGAACGAAGAAAGAUAAGGACAAGGAUAAGAAAGGAAGCAAGAAGUGUAAAAUGGAAUUGAAGGUUAAAUCUGAAAAGACAGUGAAAACUAUGCGACGGGGACCAGGAAGACCACGGAAGAACAAUAUUGGUGCUACCAGUACCAAAACCAAAUCUUCAGCAGCAUUGGCUAUUGAUUUAUUACAUGCACAUACUAUAUCUGUUAACAGUAAUCCACAGCUUAGUGGUUUAAUGCAUCAACAGUCAAGUCCCAAUUUCAAUGUUGCUAGUAUGAUGUCAGCUCCGUUGAAGGUAUCAUCGGUACAUUUACCCACACCUCCACCUCCUCCACCCCCUCGUCAACUACAACUAUUGGAACAUGAACGGCAGCAUCUUGAAAAUAUGGAAUGCCCACCAGCUCUGCAGCAACUACUGGAUCUUUAUAAGUACCAGUUCUUACAGUAUAUGCAUUCAAUGAAAACACCUGAAUUUAAGAAAUCUGUUCUAGAAGGGAUUGAGCAGGAAAAGGUGAAAAGAGCACAGUUUGUAGCACGUAUAUCUCAUCUUGACAAACAGAUUGAAUAUUUGACAUGUGACAGUGUAAGAUUGCUACAUGCCAGAUUGGAUGAGAUUGGUAUUAAGGCAGCCAACCCUAAUGAGCUGCUAUCAAGAGCCAAGGACAUUGUGUUUAAACAUAAGAACCUGCAGAACGACUGUAAAGAUUUGAACAAGAUUAUAGAAGAUUUGGAAAAUGAAAACAAGAAUCUGAGUAAACACACUGUUCUUGAUCCGACUGCUUUGAUUGGAACUAACGGUACCCCAUCGGUCAUAAUAACUGAACAGAUCAAACAGGAACUGAACAAUAAUCAUAAAUUGGUGAAACAAGUAAGCAAACUGGAAGAUGAAGUGCAAGCUUUACAAUCGUUGACCAAGAGUGAAAAAAACGCAUUCACUGGAAAGGUAAAACCAAAGAAGCGUACACGAAGGAACGGAGAAAAGAAAACUACGAGUAAAGGAAAUCCUCGAUGUCGUAGCACAGGACAGAAGAUAUCUGAACUGUUGGCUGCUAAAGAAGCUGCAAUAAGCAUGUCCCCACCUGAAACUAAAAACUUGGAACACCCUCCUUCUUCUCAGACCAGUGUGCCAGAUUAUACCUCGAUAUCCCCUGCCAAAAUAGCACUACGCAGACACUUAUCUCAGGAAUAUAACCAUCAUCUGCCAUCCUAUGUAGUGGACUCCAUGGAUAGUAACAAUUUAGCUCAACUUGGAAUGAAAACUGAACCUGCUGUGAGCAAUGCAGCGACUCAACCCAAAUCAAACUUAAAUAGCUGCUACAUGAAUUUAUCUAAUCAGGUCAAUCCAGUCUAUUCUGUCAGCCCGCAGCCAAAUCACUUGCCUGGCAUUGGUCCUAAGAACAAUCCUCUGCCAACUGGCAGGAAAAGUAAAAGUCCAAGAAGUAUGUGUGGCAGUGAGCAAAAAACUUCUCCAAAGCCUAGGUCACGAAUAACUAAAAAAGUACCAGUCUUGAAGUCACAGCCUGUACAUCUCCAGGGAGUUGUUGAGAAUAUGAUUGCUACACAUAUGAUGGAAACAUCGGUGAAUAAUAAUGCUAACUCAGGGCAGUCUAGUUUACCUAGUCCAAGAGCACACUCCAAAUCUUAUUUUAAUAUGGACAGUAUUGUAUCUGCUGAGACACAAAGCAAUAAGACUUCAAUGGGACAAAAUCGAACUCACGGAUUGAAUCAGAUGAGUACAGGGCAGCCGGACAGUAGGCAAGGUAUGUCCUCCUCAUCUCAACAUCAUAAACCACUUAUCAGCACAUUGGAUAUAAUGCAUCGAACUUAUGUGAAUAACGAUGUCGGACUUAAUGUUAGUACUGCAGCCUCUUCAGCUGUAGCCGCUGCCGCUUUUGGUCCUCCAGUCAGUCCCCAAAAUGUUCAGCUUUACCCGUCACCCAGUACAUGCAGUCCUGCGCCGCCUCAGCCAAUCAAAGUGGAAGACUCUUCUUCCUCUAUGAAGAGUCCUACUGUGGCUCCACCGAAGCAGGAGACUGGGAGCCUUAGCGAUCCUCAGUAUUUUAUUGGACUUAAUAGUUCAAAUCAUUCGGGUAUAAUGCUUAAAACUGGACCUCCUACGCAGACAUCUGACAGUACUCCACAGAAAACUGAGAUUGCUGUCAUGCCUGUGGCAACUCAAGCACAAGCAGAGAGCAAACCAAAUUCACGAAAGAAAAGAAAAAGAUCGGCACCUGCAUCACCGAGUUGUGCAUCGCAGAAGAAGUCCUCCCCCGAUGGAACUAAAAAAUCUACAAGGGGAGAUUCACAGGAUGCGAUAUUGACCAUGGUGUCGAAUGUGAACCAGCCGUUACAUAUCAGUGCUAUAUCCUCACCUGAAAGCUCAGCUAAAUCAUCCCCAGUGCCAGACGAAGUGGUUGAUGCUAAACAGAGUGAACUAGGAACUUCGCUAGAGAAGUCACUAACGAAAGUUGUGAAAGAUGAACCCGAUGAAAAGAGUAAUGAUGAUGGUACAGAUACUGAUAGGUGUCGACCCUUGACCCCUGGUGGGAAACCUCCAGAAGCCCUGGAUACGAAUACACAUGAUGAUAUAUCAGCAUAUGGUAUACCUCCUGACAAGAGUUCACCAAUGGAAGCAGAUUGUAAAGAAUCAUUGGCGCAUAUCAACAGUAGUUUUGAUGCACUCAUGGCAUUUACUUCCCAUCAACUGCACAAGCAAGGGAGAAAGAAUCCUAAGACUAACGAUAAAAAAGAGAAGACUCAACCCCAUGAUGAGUCCAAAGAUGAAAAUGUUACUACGGAAACUAAAGCAGGUGAUGAGGAGUUUAUUGACGUUGAAGGUGGUGUGAUGGCCAAUGGUUUUGAUCAAAGUCAGGAGACUACUGUUGAAACUAAACGGUCACUCACCCCAAAGCCCAGUAUUGACCCGGAAUUUAUGAAAGUUGAUGAACUUAGUAAGUCAGCAUGUUCACAGAGACUUCAGAAACUGUCUACUGAAGUGACAGGAAAUGUGUUUGAUGUUAAUGGACAGCUCUCUGCUUUAGAUUCGUAUUCUCACCAAGAUUAUCGAGAAAUGAAAAUGGAAAAUGUGGGAUUUAGGAAUCAAGAAUCAGAGCCUUUUGUGCCAUACCAUAAAAAGUUUUCCCAAAGGGACAGAGAUGUCGGCAAAAAGCAUGGGAGGCAGUGGCUUCAGAAAGGUCAGAGACGGAAUAGUUCUGAAGGGAAAUUUAGCAGGUAUAAUCGUAGUCCUGAGUGGAAGAACUCGACACGAGCAUCACCUUAUAAAGGAUUUGAAGAUAAUCAGAGACAAGAGAACGAUUACUUGUAUGGAAAUCAUCCUUUGACUCAUCAAAUUCCCCCACUGGUCCCACCAAGAACUAGUCCUGCAUUGAUGUCUCCACUGCCCCCUGAUCCUUCAUUUGGUCAUCCAGGCUCUUUCACGGACACAAGAAACUCUGUUAUUGGUGAUGCUGGGCAAAGAAUUCCAAUAUCCUCUUUCACUGCCCCAUCCCAUUACCCUGUUACGUCAGUAUCUUCUUAUAUGUCAUCAGGUCUUAAUUCAUAUGGCAAAGGAGCCUCUUAUCUUAGUAAUUCAUUAUCUGCCUGGGGUCCACCCCCACCAAAUAUCUCUCUGGCACCCCCAUAUAGUAGUGUUCCCUUGCCCCAGAGAGUACCUCCCCAUACUUUAAGUGGACCUAACCCGAGAAUGACAGCCCAAACACCGCCACCUAAUAUGACUCUAACGCAUUGUGAGCCUCCCCCUCCUCCACCACCUCCUCCCCCAGGCAGACCAAUGAGUCAAGAACCACCGCCACCUCCUCCCCCUCCAGGACGACCUCAUCCACAAUCCUCUCCAAAGAUUGCCCCAAUUAGACCAAAUGUUGUGAAUAGUAACUUUGGUAUCAAUAACAUGAUGCCACCAUCGUAUGGUUAUGGUGGACCAGGAUCUGAGAUGUCAAUGCCGAUGUACAUCAGAGGUGCUCCUUAUAACAAUGACAGUCUGAUGAGAACGUAAAUGCAGCUCAACAAGUCGGGCAUCUACCUCAGCUCUGCUCAUGUUCGUUUGCUGAUGCUGACAACUAUGCAUUGCGUCGCGAAUCCAAAGAAUAUAGAGUUCGGCUGAAGCUGAAAAAAGUAAAUGAUGCGCAGGACACAAUGAAUCCCUCAUUUAAGACGUUACUGUGUUUCACUGGGCAGUGCUGCUCACUGGCAAGCCAGGAGUGUAAACAUGUUCUCAACCUUAGAGUGUGAUCCUUUUUUAUAUGCCCACAGAUGUUGUAUUUCACUGGACAUGUGUUUUCCAGCUUUUAUAACAGUAUUGAAACCACCUGAACUCAGUCAGAAAGGCAGUGUGUUUUUAUGCCGCAAGACGAAACUAAAUUGCAGCAUUUCAGGGAUCAUUGGAAUUUUGUUCUCAUUCCUAAAGGUGCUAUUGAAAUAAGUUUUACCAACAUUCCACUUUUAUAUUAAUCAGUAAUCAUAUGGUUAAAAAUAACCACAAAAGUUUACUGAGUGAAACGUCUUUCCUAUACUUGAUCUUUAAAUUACUGAAAUAAAAACAGAAUGAGAAGAAAAACUACUACUCCUCAAAGAAGCCAACCUUUCUGGAAUUGAGCGGUACACCUGCACGACUGGCGUAUUAUUCAGUCUCUUUUAAGGAUAACUGAAAUUUGUCGGGAUGUUCGUAAAUUGCUGUAUUUGAACAUUUGAGCACCGGUUAAUCACUUGUCAGUUUGAAACUAUCCAGUUAUUUAACGUUAUCCACAAUACACACUUUGGUGAAUGUGUCUCAUAUUUUGGGUUUCUAGAAAUUUUAGUUAAGAUGACCACACAUAACUAAUUUUGCCAGUUUUCUGUUUGUCUCAUUAUACAAACUUUCCAUAACUAUCAUUAACAAUUUUGAACUGUUUAAGGACCAGAAAUAAAUUAUGCAUAUUCUGUCAUUGUUAAAUCUGACGAUACAUUUGCAUUUCUGCAGGUUACUAUUGAUAUUGUAC